AUGGGAGCGGGAUGUCGCUCGUGGGAGUGGGACGUCAUACCCAUGCGCAAGUUCCCCAUAGGCCCACGCACGGGGGAGCUAGCUGUUUGUAGGAACGUGUUUCUGGUGGUGCGUGCACCGCAGGAGGGACAGUACGGGUUCAUGCUGUGCCAUAAGGAGCACAAGCAGGUGAAUGGAGGGGCGUGGGAGAGUGGGAUGAGUGGAAUGUGGGAGAGAGCGGCAAACCAGGACAACAUCACAUUCGACCCCGAGUUUCUCUUCCCCAACGAUGCAUUCACCCGCCUCGCACCCGCCAUGGCCGAUUCCAUGGGAGGGCAGCACCGCUUUGACUAUGUGCACGUGCGGCGAGGAGAUAAGCUCAACGCUACGCGCUGGCCGCAUCUGGAUCAAGACACACGGCCUGAAGUUCUUCUGCAGAAGCUCCCAUCACUCGUCCCGCCAAACAGCACUCUCUACAUCGCAACCAACGAGCCACACCCCCACUUCUUCCACCCUCUUAAGGCUGCAUGCACUGUGUAUAUUCAAGAGGAUUUUGCAUAUCUCUGGGCCAAAGGGUCGGCGUGGGAAGCCGAGAUGAGGGAGGUCGCUGCUUCGGUGGGCGUGGCGGUGGGGGAGAGGGUGGAGUUUAACGGUGAAAUGCAAGUGCUGGUGGAUUAUGCGAUCAAGAAAGUUGGGCGGAGGGUUGUGGAGGCUUCUAACGACCUCACGGAUGAUCCAGAGGACGGUGAGUUGCGGUGUAAAGUGGUGGCAUGCUGUGGGGAGGUGGUAAGGAGGUGUUGA